AUGAGCCAAGUGAACCAAUCUAAACAUCCCGGGGAUGACAUCAUUCCGGAUGCCCCCAUGAUGUUCAACGAGUACCGCACCAUGCAGGCUCCAGCUGAAGAAAUAUUUCCCUGGGUCGUUCAGCUCGGAAAAUCGCGCGGCGGGUGGUACCUCCCCAAGCGAUGGGAACGAGUUCUACCAAAAUCCUGGGCUGGGGCUCGUACCAUCAAGCCUGAAUUCCAAGAGUUGAAAAUCGGCGACAGAGUUCCUGACUACGGCCUGAGUAAGGAUGAUUCGUUCAAUGUUGUCAGCAUAAAUCCUCCCCGUUCGCUUGUCUACACGAGCAUUCGAUACGGUACGAGGAUCACGUGGGCCAUUCUCCUCCACGAGUCCAACAUCGAAGGCACAGAUGGAUCCAGGGUGGAAACCACGGUACAUCUCCGGCUCCGUGCCGGUAUCACCUCUAAGGGGGUCGUGAAACGAAUGAUCAUUUGGGCCGCAGGCAAAUUCGACCACGCGACAACAGUGCCGAUGCUAGCUGGGCUGGCGGAGCGCGUUGAGAAGGAUCAUACAGAUUAG